AUGCUGGUAAAAAGUUUGGAAUCAAAGAUGAUGAUGCGAGAGGGAUAUGGAGUUAUCUUGGGACCAAAUAGUGUGUGAGGCCAGUUUAGCAGUGAUGGACUAGUGAUUUACACAGAAGAGGGUCUUGAAAGUUCAGAUAACUACAGCCAAUAUGAAUAUUUGGCUAUCGAAAAGCUAUUAGGAUUGAUUUUGCAAGUACAAGAUUAUACAACCGAAGAAAUAAUGAAUCUCCUUGAAGAAAAUACACUUAAUCAUCAUCCUUUGCCUGCAUUUUCUAUCGUUAAUACUCAGAAUGGAAAAAAGACCAAGGUUGGAGAAAUUAGUAAUGGUAUAAUUUCCAUAUCAAGUCCUUUUAUUUUCCCUGGCAACUCAUCUGUCAUUCCAAAUCUACCAAAAGCAAGCAUAACUAUUUCUCUUGCUGACGGAGUAACGGAUCCAGGAAGUCCUGAUUUCACAUACUUGGCUUUAAUCAGGCAGGGAAAUUAUUUUGCUUUCAGAGUUGCCUAUCAGUCUAACCUCUUACAAAAUUUCAAUGUGAGAAUACAGUCCACAGACUGUGGAGCUACUGUGUAUAAUCCUAGCUUCUCAAGGGCAUGCUUUAGCAAGCUCAAAGAUAAAAUGGGAGUCGUUCACUUAUCAUCUUUAACUGAUAGUAUCUGCUAUGGAGAUAUUUUUGAUUUCCGGGCUCUUGGAAUUAACGUUCCGUUAGUCUCUGAUGGAUGCGCUAUGUCAAUGUUUGUGAAUAAGUCGACAUUUCCUGAGUUUAUGACAGUUCUGAAAGAGAUAGCUUAUACCGCAGGCAUUCUUCCUGAGAUCGCCAAUAUUUUUGGCUGGAAGAAUGUGGUGGUGAUUCAAAGACCUGAGUGAGCACAAAAUGCAUAUAAUGUUGUGGUAAAUCAAUGCUCGAGCUUGCAUAUUAAUAUAGUCAAUAACCAGUCUUAUUAUUUUAGCGGCACUUAUACAAUUGAUCAAGUAGAUGCUUAUGGAGACUUAUUUUCAGACAUCAUUAACUCGAAAUGCCGAGUCGUGAUUGCUUUGGUCGAUCCUUAUUCGUUUGGUAGUAUUCUCAUCACGCUUUAUGACUUGCUUCACAGUUACUAGCAAAUACUUUUUUUGCAAUCUCAUAAAAAGAUAAUUAUAUUAAUAAUAUAAUGACUAUUAUAAAAAAUUUCUGAAUUUUUAGCCUUUAUUCUUUUUGAUCUGUGGGAAUUAGGGAUGAGGAAAGGUGAUUUGUUCUUUUUACAGCCAUAUAGGAUCUCAGUUACAGACAUUGUCGUCGGAUAUCCUGGAUAUGGAGAUAAACUGGUUGAACUGUUUCAGAGGUCUUUAACUGUUCACACAGCUGAAUGAAUUGGAAACUAUGGACAAACAAUGAAAACCCAAGUAGAGCAAGCUGUUCAUUGGUCAAACUUUCUUGGCUUUUCUUUUGACCAAACAAUGCUUGCUUUGCAUGGCCUUGAUUACAGCAUUAUUAAAGGGGAUAAUCUUGAAAACUUCACAGCUGUGAAUGAGAAUAUACGAAAGCAGAAGUUUGUAGGAGUUACUGGGACAGUUUCAAUAGAGCCAAGCAGCAACAGUAGAAGCAAUUUUUAUCUGAACAUUUUCAGUGUCCUGCCUGCUUCAAAUAGUUCUGAAAAAGGAGAUGAAAUUGUUGGGAAUUAUAGUAUUACAGGCAUCCAGAGAUUUCUUUUUACCCCCGUUUGGUUAGCAAACAGAAAUUUUUGGCUUGCUUAAGCUAUAAUCAAAAAUGUUAAUAGAAAUUGCUUGAGAGAACUUACUAUUAAUUCAUUAAUUCCAUAUAAAAAUAUUUAUGCAACAAUUUUUGUGAUAAAGGAGAGUUAGCAAAAUUAUAAUGCCGGAUGGCACAACUAAAAUUCCAAGCGAUAUGAGAAUAAACCCAAUAGACUGUCCUUUUGAUUACAGACUGGUACAAGACUCUUCUAAUGGCAAAAUGAUAUUCCUUGCUAUAGUAGCUUUUUUCAUAAUCCUCGAAAUCUUUCUGGUGAUUUUUCAGCUUAGAAGAUGAAAAUUGGGAAAGAUAGAGGACCUAAAAGAACCGAAAUUGAUGAAGUUUGGAGACCUGCUGAUGAUGAUAAUCCUUUGAGUAGAAACUCUUGAGCUAAUCUCAAUUGGCCCAGAUAUGAGAGCUUAUAGUAGAAUAAUUUUCAGGCCAAUUGCUUUAUUUUCUCCAGAUUGAAGUGGGCCGUUGGAUAACACUAGAGAUCAUUUUUGAAUUGAAAUUUAUAUAGUUAUCUCCUUGAUAAGCUUUAUGGUUUGCUCAGCAAUUAUAAUACAGAAAAGACUAACUCCCCUCCGAAAGCGAAAAAAUUAUGUUCGCUUGCGAAGGAUGAAUAAAUUUUAUCCAAAUUUUAUAGUAAAAAUUAAUUUAAUUUAGAAAAUUUAUGUUUAAAAAUGCAAGCUGUUUAAAAUUCAACAGAAUUAGCUUUAUAUAUUUUUAUUGUAAUAAUUAUCGCUUAUUUAUCAAUUAUUUUUUCAUGAAAAAAAUGUUUUUUGCUCGCUGGUGGUGACAUUUUGCCAAAAAAAUAGGAUUUUUUCAAUCAUUUUGUUUGCUCAAGGAGGGAAAUAAGCAAAAAAUAUUCUCAUCAUUUAUUUGAGCUAGCCGAACUUGUAUCAGAGAUAGGGGUUAUUCUUCUCUGCAGUAUUGCAUAUAUCCCAUUAUCGUCUAUUCUUUUAUCAGUAUUUUUAUGCAAGGAAAGCACAGGGGAUUCAAUUACAGACAGUUUUGUAUGUAACGAUUGCUAUACAUAUUGCUGAUCUGGGUUUCAUUUCAGCAUUUCUUUGCUCUGCUUCGCUGUUUUAAUUAUGUACUUAAGUUUAGUGAUUUACUUCCAGCCUUCAUGGCAGCUUUUCCACCCUAUAUUUAACGUUGUCAUAAAUCCGAAAACUGCAGUAUAUAAAUCUGCUGCAUAUUUUAUCAUGAUUGGGAUCAAUAAAAAUAUUCAUUUGGUCAGUGAAGCUCUGCAAGGGCUGGUUUACUCUAUUGCAUUGCUAGCCCUCGCUUUUAUAUAUUGGAAAAUAAGGAUUUACAAUUAUCCACGUAUGAACAUGUGGGCUAUUUUCUCACUUUUAGCUGUAAUUUGAAGCAAUUUGGUUUUUAGUAUACAUUCUAUAUUGGAUAGGGGAAAUAAUGUAUUUUGGGAGUUUGGUCUAGCGGCAGGAUGAGGCAUUUUGGUUGUCGCUGGCAUGAUACUGCAAAACUUUAAGUUUCCAAGCCUUUUGAUGACUGACAAAGGCAUUGAACUCGGGGUUUUGUUUAAAUUCAGCAUGGGAAGUAAAGUUUGUGCUGUAGAAAUCAAUGAAUUAAAGAAACAACCUAAAUUUCACCGUCAUAUGCAGAAACAUAUCUCAUAUGCUGAAGACCAGAAUUUAAUCAAUUCAAAAAUAUCAUCAGAAAGAGUUGAAAUAAAUUCACAAAACAAUUCCAUUCCCCCGAAGUGCUGGGAAGUCCCCAAUUAG